AAAAAAAAAAAAGUCUGAAAGCCCUGAACUCUCUUUCUGGCCCUUUCGUGAACCUUCAGCCAUCAGCCCAAUUCCGGCGAGUUUUUAGGUGAUAGCAGCUCGUAACUCCGGCAACAGACCCUUGCGCGAUCUUUUUCUCCGACGAACAGCGUUUCGUCUUAGUGGCUGUUUCUGAUCUCUUCCGAGGAGUAUAAACUAUGGCUGGAGAAACAGGAUUGUUUACAGUUCAACAGACUAUUGGCAGUGUUUUAUGUUGCAAAUGUGGAAUUCCCAUGGCACCAAAUGCUGCCAAUAUGUGCGUCAAGUGUUUGUGUUCCGAAGUUGACAUCACAGAAGGUUUACAGAAGCAAUUGACUAUUAUGCAUUGUCCGGAUUGCGAAAGUUACUUGCAGCCACCGCGAACUUGGAUCAAAGCACAAUUAGAAUCAAAGAAACUAUUGACAUUCUGUAUCAAAAGGUUAAAAAAUCUGAAUAAGGUUAAACUGCUACAUGCUGAAUUUGUUUGGACAGAACCCCAUUCCAAGAGGAUCAAGGUGAAGUUGAAAGUGCAGAAAGAAGUCCUUCAUGGAGCACUUUUAGAACAGUCCUAUGUUGUUGAGUAUGUUGUACAGGAUCACUUGUGCGAGUCUUGCUCAAGGGUCCAGGCCAAUCCUGACCAGUGGGUGGCUUCUGUUCAACUCCGGCAGCACGUUCCUCACCGGCGUACCUUUUUCUUCUUGGAGCAACUGAUAUUAAAGCACAGUGCUGCUGCCAAUGCCAUAAGGAUAAAACAGAUGGAUCAAGGCAUUGACUUUUUCUUUUCUAAUAGGAGUCAUGGUGUCAAGUUUGUGGAAUUUAUUGGAAAGGUUGCUCCAAUUAGGAGCCGCCAAGAUAAACAACUUGUUUCUCAUGAUUCUAAGAGUAACGUUCACAACUAUAAGCACACGUUCUCCGUUGAAUUAUCUCCAAUAUGUCGCGAGGAUUUGAUAUGCUUGCCUCCUAAAGUUGCUGUUAGUUUGGGCAAUAUUGGCCCUCUUGUAAUUUGCACUAAAGUUACAAACUCCGUGGCUUUGCUUGAUCCAUUAACCUUAAGGCACUGCUUCUUGGAUGCGGAGCAGUAUUGGAGGACAUCCUUUAAGCCUCUACUCACUAGCAGGCAGCUUGUCGAAUAUAUCGUUUUAGAUAUUGAGAAUGUGUCUACUGAAGUCAAUGUCAGUGGUUCGAAGUAUAUUUUGGCCGAUGCUCAGAUAGCUCGUGUAUCAGACUUUGGAAGGAAUGACACGAUAUUCAACAUAAGAACCCAUCUGGGUCAUAUUCUAAACCCUGGGGAUUAUGCCCUUGGUUAUGAUCUCUAUAGAGCCAAUAGUAAUGAUAUGGAGCUAGAAAAAUAUAAGGGCCUUCAACUUCCAGAAGCUAUUUUAAUCAAGAAGAGUUAUGAAGAAAAACGCCAGAGAAAGCGUGGGAAGCCUCGAUCGUGGAAGCUAAAAUCUCUUGAAAUGGAUGUUGAUGAUAAAGAUCAAGGUAGAGCAGAGCAAGAUAAGAUGCACUUGGAGUACGAACAGUUUUUGAGAGAUUUGGAGGAGAAUCCAGAUUUGAGGUUCAACAUAUCGUUGUACCGAAAUCGAGAAUACCAACCGUCUGAAAUGACUGAUGGGGAAGAUGGACCUUCGGUACCACUUGAAGAGUUGCUUGCUGAUCUUGAUUUAAGUGAAGGGGAUGGGGACAAUGGCAUGCACGAGUAAGUAGCUCUUGUCUUUCUUGAUUAUAGAUGUCGAGUCGAGCAUUUGAAUUUCCAACUUCAAGGGAAGGAAGUAGGUGCCUUAGCUGAUGAACUCGGCUCAUUUCGACCCACAAGCAGUUUAUCAAGGUGAGUUAUUGCUCGUAAUUUCAUUUAUAUAGCAUCUGAUUUCUUCUGGUUUGCUUACAAGAAGAUGUAAAUUUAUUAAUUAUCAACAUCAUCCAAGUCCUGAUUGUUAUUCCAUGUUUCUUCUCCUUUUCUUUAGCCACAACGGGUUGUUUAUCCUGGAACCCAUUUUUCUCUUUA